AGAAAAGUUUGAUUGUUUACCACAAUUCUAUAUCAAAAGAACUCUUAUCUACAACUGCUCUGUUCUCAUCAUUUUUUAAAGAACGUUUCUGCGGUGACGCAAUAUCUACGCUCGUAAUAAAAUAACGCUACGAAGCAGCUCUUUACUUCAAAUAAAUUCUUCAGUGCUGCUUUCACACUUGGUUAGAAAUUAACAGCUGCUCUUCUCUCUAAUAUCAAACCAACGAAAGUAAAUUGUGAAGUAUCGUAUAUAAUCCACCAAAGUCGAAGUGCUGCUCUGAGGUCAGAAAUGCUACUUAAACAUUGGAUGCUCUUAAGUCUGCUCUACGCCUUAACUUUGGCUCAAAAGCACCCGAAAGUAGGAUUCUACUGGAAGAGCGGAAUAAACUAUACCUGGCCCUCGUACGAGGUGUACCAACAAGCGGACAAGGAUGGGUCCUACGUGCCUCUUUAUAACUGCUUGACGAACAUCAGAUUUUGGAAGGACAAUGCGUAUCUGACCAUACCCCGUUGGACAGGUGGUGUAGCGGUGACACUGGCCACAAUCCCAACCACAUCGAUAAAUGGAAACAAGGCUCCAUUGCUCCGGCCGUACCCCAACUGGGAGAUGCAGAAGAUGGGCGGUGACUGCUCGAGCUUUCAAUCCGUCUGGUUCAUUGAAAUCGACCCGAUGGGCAGAAUGUGGCUGAUGGACAAUGGAUGGGGGUACUACAACACGACUACCGACAAAGUAAUCACGUGCCCACCCCGUUUAAUGAUCCUCGACCUCGAGAACGGGGGUGAGGUGCUCCUGAACUACUCCCUUCCACCAAACGUGGCCAAACCUGGGUCCUCGGUAUUCUGUAAAAUCCUCCUGGAUCACGAGGACGGUGGCUUCGCCUACAUCUACGACUGCGAUGAGGAGGAUAAAAGUAAUGCGGGCUUGAUUAUCUUCUCACUGCAGAAGCUUACCUCGUGGAGAAUCGAGUACGACUUCAAGAUCAAAGAGCUAAUGCUCUCACCGGCGGAUACCGAAGGCAGUCGAGUGCUGUACAUCGUGUCGUCGUUAGAGGGUAACAAAGUACUCGGGGUUCCCACACGAGUACUGAGGAGUCCGAGCUUAGCGUCGAGUAUCGAUGGCGAGGCUAGAGAGUUGAGCAAGACACCGUUCACAUGGUCUGACGCGACCACUUCUAACACCGGUACUGUUUUCUUUACCGUAGAGAAUUCCUUGUCCGUCUACAAGUGGGAUUUAAACAGUCCUCGCUCCAAUGUAACUGAACUUGACAUCAAAUGGACGGAGGAUCCAAAUAACUUGGCUAGUUUGGCCUUAGACGGUGGUAAUCUUUGGGCUAUCAAUAUCAUUAUCCCCGAAUUCCAAUCCAUCGUACUGGCGGAGACCAAAAACAUGGUAAACUAUCAGUACUACGGAAACGGUGGUGUGCCAAAGUUACCGUUUAUCACUUUAAAGAGAGGUAUAUAA